CUUCGCUUCUUGCUCAAGUUAGGAGCGUGUCCUGCUGCUCAGUGCUGGGCGUGGAUUUCUGACGUAGAGGAUAUGCUGUCAUUCAGUGAUGUGGCCAUUUAUUUCUCUGCAGAGGAGUGGGCAUGCCUGGGCCCUGCUCAGUGGAAUUUGUACAGGGAUGUGAUGUUGGAGAAUUACAACAACCUUGUGUUCCUGGGUCUUGCUUCCUCUAAGCCAUCCCUGGUCACAUUUCUGGAGCAAAGACAAGAGUCUUCAGAUGUGACUAGACAAGCAGCUGCCACCCUGCCCCCAGGAAAAAAAUGCUGUACAUCCAAAGAAUGUGGCAAAGCCUUUGAUUGCAAAGAAAAUGUUAAUAACCACCAGAGAAUUCAUUUAAGAGUGAAGCCCUGCAAGCUUGAAGACCCUGACAAGUCCUUUCAUUGUCCAUCAGUACUCUCUGAACACAAGAGAAUUCAUACGGGAGAGAAACCCUACAAAUAUCAAGUAUGUGGCAAGACCUUCCAUUUUUCAACAUUACAUUCUGUACACAAGAGUCUUCAUACGGGAGAGAAACCCUACAGAUGUGAAGUAUGUGGCAGAGCCUUCUCUUUGCCAUCAUUACUUUCAGGACACAAGAGACUUCAUACAGGACAGAAAUACUACAAGUGUGAAGUAUGUGGCAAAGUCUUCCAUUUACCAUCAUUACUUUCAGAACACAACAGAAUUCAUACAGGAGAGAAACCAUACAAGUGUGAAGUGUGUGGCAAGGCCUUCCGUAUUUCAUCAUUACUGUCUAAACACAAUAAAAUUCAUAUAGGAGAGAAACGCUACAAGUGUGAAGUAUGUGACAAGGCCUUCCAUUAUCCAUCAGUACUUUCUAACCACAAGAGAAUUCAUACAGGAGAGAAACCAUACAAGUGUCAAGUAUGUGGAACGACCUUCCAUUAUCCAUCAGUCCUUUAUAAACAUAUGAAAAUUCAUACGGGAGAGAAACCCUACAAAUGUGAAAUAUGUGGCAAGGCUUUUCGUACUUCAUCAUUUCUUUCAGGACACAAGAGAAUUCAUACAGGAGAGAAACCGUACAAGUGUGAGGUAUGUGACAAAGCCUUCCGUUUACCGUCAUUACGUUCAGAACACAUCAGAAUUCAUACAGGAGAGAAACCCUACAAGUGUGAGGUAUGUGGCAAGGCCUUCCGUAUUUCAUCAUUACUUUCUAAACACAAUAGAAUUCAUACAGGAGAGAAACCCUACCAGUGUGAAGUUUGUGGCAAGGCCUUCCGUAUUUCAUCAUUACUUUCUAACCACAAGAGUCUUCAUACAGGAGAGAAACCCUACAAGUGUGAAGUAUGUGGCAAGGCCUUCCAUUAUCCAUCAUUAGUUUCUAAACACAAGAGAAUUCAUACAGGAGAGAAACCCUACAAAUGUGAAGUAUGUAAUAAGGCCUUUCAUUGUCCAUCACUGCUUUCUAAACACAAGAGAAUACAUAUAGGUGGAAAACCCUACAAAUGUGAACUUUGUGGCAAGGUGUACAAAAGUCCUUCAGAACUUUCUAUACACAAGCGACAUCAUACAGGAGAAAAUCCCUACAAAUGUGAAGUUUGUGGCAAAGUAUACAAUCGUCCAUCAAAACUUUCUAUACACAAGAGACUUCAUACAGGAGAGAAACCCUAUAAAUGUGAAGUAUGUGGCAGAGCCUUCCAUUUACCAUCAUUACUUUCAGAACACAACAGAAUUCAUACAGGCGAGAAACCAUUCAAGUGUGAAGUGUGUGGCAAGGCCUUCCGUAUUUCAUCAUUUCUUUCUAAACACAGUAGAAUUCAUACAGGAGAGAAACCCUACCAGUGUGAAGUUUGUGGCAAGGCCUUCCAUAUUUCCUCAUUACUUUCUAAUCACAAGAGUCUUCAUACAGGAGAGAAACCCUACAAGUGUGAAGUAUGUGACAAGGCCUUCCAUCGUCCAUCCUUAGUUUCCAAACACAUGAGACUUCAUACAGCAGAAAAUCCCUACAAAUGUGAAGUUUGUGGUAAGGCAUACAAUCGUCCUUCAAAACUUUCUAUACACAAGAGACUUCAUACGGGAGAGAAACCCUACAAAUGUCAAGUUUGCGACAAGGCCUUUCAUUGUCCAUCAUUACUUUCUAAACACAAAAGAAUGCAUACAGGAGGAAAACAUGUACAGAAGUAAAGUAUCAUCCAAGCCUUCCAUUUUCCAUCAGUACUUUCUAAACACAAGGAAAUUUAUACAGAAGAGAAAUACUACAAGUGUGAAGUAUGUGGCAAGUGUUUAGACCUUCCUAGAUUCUUUUUACACAUUUGAUAGCUCAUGCUGGAGAGAAGCCCUACAAAUGGGAGUAAUGUAGAAAAGCCUUCUCUCCAGUCAAUCCUAUGUCAGCAUAAAUUAACUUACUGUUGGCAUAAUCACUGCACUGUGAACAGUUUACACUUGUUUAUUUAAAUGCUGAUUUCUUUACCCCACUAUCUCGUGUCAAGCCAAAUAUGGCAUUGUAAUGUUUGUUCUAAGUUUCCCUUGUCUCAAGUUUGUGUAAACAUGCCUACCUUUUCUUCUCUGUUUUGCUAAUAAAAUGCCAAUCAGCCAAUGUUGAGCAAUACAGGGAAUCAGGUGAGACAUCUGUUUCCGUGGAAGGGUGGAGAAAGAGAAAGGAGGUAGGAAAAUAAGCCACAGGAGAGGACCAAGCUCCAUCAGGAGGAUUUAACCAGAACUAAAAAAUGAUUUAAAAAGUAACUGUAAUGGGAAAUUUGGCUCUGUGGAAGCUAGACUAGAUUGAAUAUUUAGGACAGAGUAAUUAUUGCUCAGUAUUGAGCUCUGGGCUAAUUAAAUAAAUCAGAGUAUCCGUAUGUCAUUACUUGGGUAAAUUAGCUGGCUAAAGAUAAACUGCCGCUGCACUAAAUCUAUGAUUUGUAUCAUAUUACUAAUCCCUCUACAUACGGAAUCCAACAUGGGACAUGUUAUUCAUACCCUAAAAAUUCAUUAUUAGACAUUAGAAACAUUCCAGAAGAAAAGUGCAAACUAGCACGCUCUGAGACCUAAGGUACUUUAGUGAGGGGAGGAGGAAAAAGUGCAACUGCUUCAGCCGAGGCUUAAUCCAACUCUGGGGUUUGAAAGGACGGCCACCCUCCAGAGCUUCAUUACUUAGAGAAAUUAGGCAGCUCUGAGAGCACAAGCAAGGAAAGCAGGGCACAGCCACAGAACCAGGCAGAUUACUCCUGCCUGGAAAGCAAGCAGGCCUGCAUGCCUCAGAGGGAGGUCUUAGUGCUGGUCAGAGGAGUCUCCUACUGUGACACAGCUGUGGUUACUUAGCAACUGCAACCCAAAGGUCAGUUGCUCUCAGUUAACAAAACAUACCUCCCAUGGUACAAUUAGUGGAUUCAACCAUAGGCAGAGGUCCAGAAGACAACAGGAGAGAGCAGCUGAGCAAGGAAUGCCAUAAAGUGCAAGUAUCCCUGGGAUUUAUGCCUGGAGAAACCAGAUUAGUUUAGAGGAUUAAAAAGAGAUUAAAACUGCUCAGGAUUAUGCUGUAAAUCUUGAUAGACAAAUAAUAUAUAUGAGUCAUGUGAUAGCUGGGUUAAGAGAGA